UGAGAUAUAUAACAUAUCAUAGACCUAAAUAAUGAAAGAUUUUGUAAAUUUACAAAAUACUUUUGUGUGAAGACAGAGACAUGUCUCGUUUUGAUGUGGAGAAGUUUGAUUCCCCACCUGAUCCAGAGUUGAUCUGCUGUAUCUGUCAGUGUGUGCUGGAUGGACCAGUAGAGAGCCCAUGUCGUCAUGUCUUCUGUAAAAUCUGUAUAGAGACAUGGCUGCGUCACAACAGAAACUGUCCAACAUGUCGCCAUCGACUGAAAACAAGACAUCUUAAACCAAUCCUUCCUAUUGUACAAAAUAUGUUAAACCGUUUGUCGAUGUUUUGCGAUUUUAGAAUUAAUGGUUGUCAGGAACGAGUGACUUUGGAGAUGUACGACAAACAUAUCAAUGAGUGUGACUUCAAAAUGAUGAAUUGUAAAUAUGAAAAAUGUUUUGAAUCAGUUUUACGCAAGUUUCUGAAAAAACACGAAGAAGAAGAAUGUGAACACAGAGAAAAAUUGUGUACCAGGGUGUGUGGCUUGAUGAUUCCAGUGCGAAUUUAUGACGGACAUGACUGUAUUGAAGAGCUCAGGAAAUACUCCUUAGAACAAUAUUCCCUAGUUGAUACCCUGAAGAAAAAAGUAAAUGAGCUAAACACAAUGACUGAAAAAUUAAACCAACAAAUUGAAGCACUUAGACGAGAACAUGGGAGAAGCCCAUCUUAUGAUUAUUUGAUGUCAUCAAGUGAGAGUCCAGCUUAUUCAAUGAGUUCAUUGGAUGACUAUAGCCAGUACAGUGACAGAUUCUCAGACACUGAAGACAGAAGGCAUGGCAUGACUUUUGAAGAAUUUGAUCGUCAGGACAGAAACUUUUGGAGAAGCAUGCGAGACUUUGGUGAUAGUCCAAGAAGAAGGAGAAGGCAUUACAGGCGAGGUGAGCAGAGAGAUUCUAGGGAGGACCUUUCUGGAGAAAUAGAUGUUGUUAACACUCCCCCUAGAUCUCCCUCCCCAUUUAAUGACCAAGAUGGAAGUGAUGUGGAAGUAGAUGUAGUGAAUGAAUCUGAUGUAGAUAGAAAUAUUCUGCAGCAUCAACUUUACUCACCCCAAACAUCGCAUCAUAGCAGACAUUGGAAUGAUGACUCAUCUGAGAGGUCUUAUCACUCAAGAUCUUAUCAAUCCAGGCACUCCUUCUCACGUGAUAAUUCCAGGAGUUCUUCACGAGAAACUCGUAGAAGGAGACACCAUUCAUCAAGAAGCAGCAGCUCAAAUAGAACUUUGAGGAAUCGUAGCUGGAGUUCUCACUAUAGUGAUAGAUCUAGACGCAGUGAAUUCAGUACUCCAGGUCGAUCAUUUCGGUCUUCAAGAAGUACAAGUCCAAACUCUAUUCUAUCUGGUGAAUCCAGUUUGUAUCAUUUUAGGAGGAGGCAUUCAUCCAGACGCUUGAAUUCAUCCUCAAGAUCCCGUUCAAGAUCUUAUUCAAGGUCACAUUCAAGGGCACGAUCAAGCCCUGUUUCACCAGAUUAUUUUCCCUCCAGCCCUACUUCACCGGAUCAUUUUCGCUCAAGAAGUUGUAGUUACUCUGAUAGAAGUGAAUCAAGCCACAAUUCAGACAGAGAUGGAACAGACAUGGAAUCUGACAAUGACAGUCUUGUCUCAAGAACAAGCUCAAGAUUCUCCCAUCAAGAAGACUUAGACUACAGAAGGCAAACUGGAGGGGAUUACAACAGGAGAGAAAUACAAAGGAGCAGAAGACCGUCAGAUCAAAGUGAGGAAAUGGAUAGUAGUGAUGAUGCACAUCGUGUCACCAGAGAAUGGUUGCCAAGAAGGAGGAAUAUUGGGGAUCAACAACAACAUCAGAGAGGAAGUCACUCCAGGGAUCAACCUGAACAACGUCAGAGAAGAAGUCACUCCAGGGAUCAACCUGAACAACGUCGGAGAAGAAGUCACUCCAGGGAUCAACCUGAACAACGUCAGAGAAGAAGUCACUCCAGGGAUCAACCUGAGCAACAUCAGAGAGGAAGUCACUCCAGGGAUCAACCUGAGCAACAUCAGAGAGGAAGUCACUCCAGGGAUCAACCUGAGCAACAUCAGAGAGGAAGUCACUCCAGGGAUCAACCUGAGCAACAUCAGAGAGAAAAGCACUACGGGGAUCAAGCUGAUCAACAUCAUAGAAGAAGUCGCACCAGGAAUCAACCUGAGCAACAUCAUAGAGGAAGUCACUCCCCUGAGAGGCCACAUACAAGGUCUCAGCAGAUAUGCUAUGGCAAGGAGACAAACUCUGGUGAAAAAUCUGCUACUAAAAGGUCACAGAGUGACAGUGGAAUUGGAGAGGGAAGCUUUAGUAGUACUGAAAAUGUUCAACCAAGAUUGACCUCUAAACGAAAGAGAACAGAAACUCCAAAUUCUACCAAUGUUAAUGACGAAACUGAUAGCAAACGAAGAAAAACAGAUCAGGAUAAAACUUUUCAAACUUUAAUGGGAUCGUCCUCAGACACUUCCUCAUCACACCAUACCAAAUGUGACACCACGACAACAGAGCACCAAUCACAAGGUCAAAUGUCAAAUUCUAGGUGUGGAACUAGUACCACAGAGUACCAUAACCAACCAAGAAAUCAGAGGUCAUGUCCUGGAUGUGGAACCAGUGCCACAGAGCACCAUCCAAAAGGUCAAAGAUCAAAUUCUAGGCAAUGUACAGUGACAUCACAGAGAGUAUUUCAAGUACAAGACACAAGGUCUGAGUAUUCAGGACUGGAUACAGAAAACUACAAUUCAGACACAGAUUACACCUGGGAGCCUGGGACUUCCCCAGAGGACAGUGUUACAACAUCUCCAUCAGUGUAUGACACAGGUAGUGACUACGAGGUUCUCAUUCCUAAAUCAGCGGGUCAACUCCUGUCUGAGUACGCUUCUGAUGAAACAGAUGAGAGCUGGGACCCAGAGUCUUCUACCUGACUCACUACCACAAGAAAUUCAUGCCAUAUUGUCAUAGCUCUGUCCAUUGUUUCAUCUUCUUGUCAAAGUACCAUAUAUAAGUGACUUUCUUUUCAGCUAUAAGUGACAUUCUUGUGAAACUCUGUCUUGUUUUAAGCUACUGGUGUUUGAUUUGACUUUGGAUGUUCAUAAGAUUGUUGGAUUUUCAUUAUAAUUUGCCAUCCAAGUGUUAUUACAGGCAAAAGUAAGUAAAUGGGCAAAAGUAAUGUAUGAAGACAGGAAAGAUGAAAGUAAUACAAGAUAUAUCUGUACUGCCGAGUGAUGUAUGAAGACAGGAAAGAUGAAAGUAAUACAAGAUAUAUCUGUACUGCCGAGUUCUAGAUUUAAUGAAGGUAACACUUAACAUUCCUUGAUUAGUUCUCCAAGGGGAAGUUUCAGUUUUUACAAUUAACGUACUUCUAAGCUCUGUAUUAAUGGAUUAAGUUACUUACUGGGUUUUUAUCUUUUUUGCUGUGGUAUUUAAUUCUUUUGGAAAAUUUUGAUUUACUAAUUUUGAGAGGAACUUAAAUUUUUUUUUUUUACUCUGUAAGGUUGUAUCGAGUAGCUUUCUAAUUUGUUACGUACUUAGUUCAUUAUAAAAAUUAUUUUAUUAAAAAAAAUGAUUUUGCUGGAGACUAUUUAGUAUAUACCACAAUCUCUACACUUAAAAAGACUAUGUGGUAUAUACCACAAUCUCUAAACUUACGAAAGACUAUUUGGUAUAUACUUAGCUGCAGAACUGUAUUGUUAUGGUUUUAUAUAUUAGUCUUUGACCAUAACACUACAGAUCCCAUAAUGCAAAUAUGGUGCAAGUUAUAGCGCAAGAUUUUCUGUAGUGGGUUGGGGAGAAUUUCUCCACUUUCCAGCAGUGGUCAAUCAAUGACCUUUCACUCCUUAAUUCUAGACAUAUUCUUUAACCAACCUGUAUAUUUUAUCCACCUCCUAACCCUCCAUAGUCGUCUCUACAGAGCAAUAAACUGGCUUGUUUUGGUUUUUAUGCCAUCCAACAAAAAAAUUCAAAAGAAACGAGUUUAUUGGUCUAUAGAGAUGAAUAUGAAGGGUUAGGAUGUGGAUAAACUAUACAGGUUGGUUAAAGAAUAUGUCUAGAAUUAAGGAGUGAAAAGUAGUUGAUUGACCAAAGCUGGAAAAUGGAGAAAUUCCCCAGCCGUGCGCAGAAAGUCUUGGGCCAUAAAUUGCACCCUAUUUGCAUUAGGGGAUCUGUAGCAUUAUGGUCAAAGACUAAAAUAUAAAACCAUAUACCACAAUCUCUACACUUAGGAAGACUAUAUGGUAUAUACCACAAUCUCUACACUUAGGAAGACUAUGUGGUACAUACCACAAUCUCUACACUUGGGAAGACUAUUUGGUUUAUACAAGUACCACAAUCUCUAUACUGUUGUGUAAAUAUAAUGAAUGUAUUUCUUCAUAAAUGUAUAUUGUUAACUGUUUGAUGAAUAAAUAAUGAAGGAAGAGCUAUGAUAAA